AUGUUCACACGAUCUUGGUUCUACGCCCUCUUGGUGGCACAGCUUACAAUUGGCGCAAAUGCAUCUUUCUUUGAUUCGGUUCCAUCACCCGAGCAAGCACACCAAGACCUUGACAAACUGAAGGUCAUCAUCUACGAGACUGGUCCAUACAGCACAUCACUCCAGACUUUCAUGGAUGUCGCUGAUAAGUACGGAUUGGAAGCCAUCGUUGUUGGGCAAGGAAGCACUUUCAGUGGUUUCGGAUCCAAGUAUGGCCAAUUGAAGGAUUCUUUGCACGAAAUGAGCCACGACCCCAAGGCACUUGUUGCAGUCAUCGAUGGACGUGAUGUGCUGUUGAACGUCAACCGUGAUGUUGAACGCAGUGCCUUCGAAGACCGCAUCGACAAUUUCGUUGAGAACUUUAAGGAAUUGGUUCUCGGAAAGCCCGAGGCCGUAUUGAUGUCCGCCGAACAACAAUGUUGCGUUGCUGCUCUAUGUCACGCUGACUCUCCUGCCUACUACUUUGACCCUGUUACCAAGAAACGUGCUAACCGUGCCUGUCCCUCUGGAGAGGAAGGGUGUGGAUGGGUUGACAACGAUAAUGUUGCGUUCUGGCAAUCUCUGAUGGUUGCCGAGGCCUACCAACAUACUGGAAGCCAUGAGACCAGUCCUUUCUUGAACGCUGGAUUGAUGGCUGGGACUGCCAAGAACCUCAUCGAGUUGAUUGAUCGCAUGGAUCUUGGAGAGGAAGAGGAUGACCAAGCAGUCCUUUCCGCCAUGUACUUGCAAUUCCCUGAACUCAUUGUUCUUGAUUACGAACAACAGCUUCUUGGAAACAACGCCUGGCCCAAGGGUUUGGAAGAGGGAUGCAUCUACGACUUUGAUCCCAACAUGGACGAGGAGCUUUUCCUCACCAACACCCAAACAGGAACUUCUCCAUUGAUCCUUCAUACUCCAGGAAAGUUCUACGACUGUCUGGACACUUUGAUCGACCGACUUGGAGGGGUGAGUGACAUGAGAUACUUGCCCGCCAACAUCAGCAAUGACCGUCGAUUGAACUACGACAACUAUGGCAAUUACGGAAACUAUGCUAACUACGGAAACUACGUUGCCGCCAACUACGGCGCAAACUACGGAAGCAACUACAGAGGUAGCAACUACGGUGGAAGCAACUAUGGAACCAACUACGGAACCAUUACCGAGCCAACCGAAACCCCAGAUAUGGAUGAUGCCGAUGACGCCGACCUCGAAGAUCUUACCCGAGUAUUCGAAGAAGGUGAAGAAGAUGAUUCUGAUGGCAGCAACGUUCUGACCUGGGGACUUUCCUGUGCCGCCGCCGGUGUCCUUAUUGCCGGUCUUGCCACCCGCAGACGUCGAACCGUGACUCAAGAUCAACACGAUAACAUCCAACGUGCUUUGAACGACUCCGAUGAAGCCUUUGCCCUCGAAGACCCAAAGCUUCUCGAUGACUGUGUGUCUGUCAUCUCUUCCGCAGUGGACGAGGCGGCUGAUCCAGAUUCCCUUGACCUUGCCGAGAUGUCUCACCAACCGCUGGGGACAGUCGAUGAGCACAAUGCUAUGUUCGACGUUCCAGUUGACACUGAUGGGGGAGCUGGGCAACUAAAGUCAGUCUUAUCCAUUGGCAACUGCGACGAAGUAUGCGGCGGCCGAACGCAGUCUACGGAAGACCUCCGACGUAAUCGAACCGUCCACUGGUAA